AUGGACCAAGAACUCGAACCAUCCUACCAUUACUUCUUCUGGGCAGCGAUCCUGCUGCUGCCGCUCCUCGCCGUCAAGCUCCGGCGGCGCAAACACGGCUAUAAACCACCUCCCGGCCCAUGGCAGCUCCCGGUCAUCGGCAGCCUUCACCACCUCGUGGGCGCGCUCCCGCACCGCGCCAUGCGUGACCUGGCGAGGCGGCACGGCCCGCUCAUGCUGCUCCGCCUGGGCGAGCUCCCCGUCGUCGUGGCGUCGUCGCCCGACGCGGCCCGGGAGGUCAUGAGGACACACGACGCCGCGUUCGCGACGCGGCCCCGGACCGCCACCCUCAGGGAGCUCACCCGGGACGGCCUCGGCGUCGCGUUCGCGCCGCACGGCGAGCACUGGCGCCAGCUCUGCAAGCUCUGCGUCACCGAGCUGCUCAGCGCGCGGCACGUGCGGUCCCUCCGCGGUGGGCGCGAGGCCGAGGCCGCCAGCCUCGUCGCGUCCGUCGCAUCGUCGUCGUCGUCGUCCAAGCCCGUGAACGUCAGCGCCCUCCUCGCCUCGUACGUCACCGACGCGGUCGUGCGCGCCGUGGUGGGCGGCCAGAUCAGGGACCGCGACGCGUUCCUGGAGAAGCUGGACGAGGGCGUCAGGGUGGCCGCGGGGUUCAGCCUCGCCGACGUGUUCCCAUCGUCCAGGCUCGCGCGAGCGUUCAGCGGGGCGCGCGCCGCAGAAGCGCACCACCGCGAGAUGACACGGCUCAUGGACGGCGUCAUCGCGGAGCACCAGGAGAGGCGGGCGGCCGGUGCUGGAAACGACGAGGACGACCUCCUAGACGUGCUGCUGAGGAUCCAGAAGGACGGCGGCCUGCAGGUCUCCCUCGACAUGGGCAUCAUCCGCGCCGUGAUCAUCCUGGUCAUUAAGGAGACUCUGCGUCUGCACGCUGCAGUGCCGCUGCUUCUCCCGCGUGAGUGCCAGGAGGAGACGCGCGGCGUCCUCGGGUACGACGUGCCCAGGGGUCAAGCUUGGGCGAUCGGCCGGGACGCCGCGAGCUGGGGCCCCGACGAGUUCAGGCCGGAGAGGUUCGAGGACGGCGGCUCCAGGGCGGAGGUGGACUUCAGGGGCACGGACUUCGAGUUCGUGCCGUUCGGCGCCGGACGCAGGAUCUGCCCCGGCAUAGCGCUUGACCUCGCCGUCAUGGAGCUCGGUCUCGCUAGCCUCCUCUUCCACUUCGACUGGGCGCUCCCCGGUGGCGCUGCGCCGGAGGAGCUGGGCAUGGCCGAAGGGCUCGGGAUCACGGCGAGGAGGAAGAACGACCUGUGGCUGCAAGCCACCGUACGCGUUCCUGUUCAUAAUGUGUAG